CGUGACGCGCGCGCAAUCGCCGGCUGUGCGCGGGCUAUCUGAGGUUCGCGGUCCACCGGGUCCACCGAACACGAUCUCUCACCGAACACAUCGCAAGGACCCAUCGCUCUACAUUUGAAGACAUUCGCCUGCAAACGCAACGCUGUUGCUGUCUGUGGUCGUCAUCUCGUUCGCGCCGAAUUAGCAUCGACGAGUUGAUCCGCUCACGUGUUGCGUUGGCACUGCUGCGACCAUGGGAGAAUGCUUGGCUUGUGAGUUGGUUGACGCCGGAGCCGUGAAGUUCGGCACGUUCACGCUCAAGAGCGGCAUCACAUCGCCGUUCUACGUAGACCUCCGAGUAUCCGUGAGCUACCCGAAACUACUUCACGACAUCGCCGAUGCCGUUGUCGCCAAGAUCAAAGAAGACAAAAUCGAGGGCGAUCUGCUGUGCGGGGUUCCGUACACGGCGCUCCCCAUCGCCACGUGCGUGGCAAUGGCAACUGAGCAGCCAAUGGUAAUGGUACGCAAAGAAGUCAAGUCGUAUGGCACAAAACGUCCCAUCGAGGGAACCUUCCAUCCUGGCCAGAAGUGCAUCAUCAUCGAGGACAUCGUCAGCAGUGGGUCCAGCAUCAUCGAGAUAGCUCAGGCACUGUCCACAGCUGGCCUGGUUGUGACUGACGCCGUUGUGUUCCUGGACCGUGAACAGGGUGGAAAGGAAAACCUGCUCAAGUGGAACAUCCAGCUGCACAGCAUCUUUCAAAUCACGUCCAUCAUGAAGAAGCUGGUGGCCAGGAAGCGCCUGACCGAAGAAGUGGCCAACAAGGUUGCCGCCUUUGUGCAAGCGGUCAAGGCGCCCCUGGUGCCUUCCCUCCUCCUGCCUUCGCCCAACAAGGACACUUACGCCCAUCGCAGCCAGGUGGCCCGGUGCCUGCUCGCCAAGCGCCUCCUCGGUCUGAUGGACCAGAAGCAGACCAACCUGGCAGUUGCUGUCGACGUCACCAGUACCGACAAACUGUUGGAGCUGGCUGACCAGUUGGGCCCACACAUCUGCAUCCUCAAGACCCACAUGGACCUGCUGGAGGACUUCAACAGGGAGUCCAUGCUGCGCUUGCGUGACAUUGCCGCCAAGCACGACUUCCUCAUCAUGGAGGACAGGAAGUUUGCAGACAUUGGUCAGACGGUUCAGCUGCAGUACACGAGCGGUCCGUUUAGCACGCAGCUGUGGACCGACAUGGUGACUGCUCACUCACUGCCAGGACCGGGGAUUCUGACUGCACUGCAGCAAGCCAGCCGACCAGAGCAGGCCUGUGUGCUCAUCGCAGAGAUGAGCUCUGCCGGCACACUCACAUCUAAGAGCUACACCGAGGCCACGGUAAAGAUGGCCGAGGACUUUCCCGACUUUGUGCUGGGUUUUGUGUGCCAGUCGAGAGUCUCCCACAACCCGGGACACAUCCACAUGACACCUGGCGUGCGGCUGGACGCCAGUGGGGACAGCCUCGGCCAGCAGUACUGCGACCCCGGGUGUGCGGUGACCGAGCGUGGUGCCGACAUCAUCAUCGUCGGACGCGGCAUCGUGGCCUCGGCCAACCCCGAGGAAGCCGCACUGCGGUACAAGAAGGCUGCCUACGACGCCUACCUGUCGACACUGUCCUCCAAGUAGCGCACUCUCCGUACAGAAGAUCUGCUGUGUUUGUGAAUAAGAAGGAACCCCGUCAGCUUCUUUCU